AUGCCAUUCAACGCCUUCGGGUGCUAUGUGCACGAUUUCCACAAGUUGCCAAUUAUAUGGGAGGACGACGAGGAUGAUUUCUAUGACGAUAGAUAUUCAUCAAGUGUCACGACACGUACGCCAGCCUCCAGCGAGUUCAGACCUACCUCAUCCUACACCACAGCCUCCGAAUAUGCAUCUACGGCCACUUCUCCGACCACAUGUUCGUCGCAGAACACAUCGCCGACCUCUGAGUUGCCGCCGAACUUGAAGCGAACAGCACCGACGUACAAGACUUGGCGGCCGCGUGAGGAGGAUGCAGACGUGCGCCGGCAAACAGUGAACGAGGACUCACGGCCGCUCAUGAUCGGGGCAUCGGACGGCGAAUUGAGAGGUAAUUCUGGCUCGUCAAGAUCGAGGUGGCGCAUCUUCAAGAAGUUCUCGAAGUCAAAAGGGACCAGCAGCAAAGAGCUGGAUACGGGAAAGGACGACGCUGGCUGA